UUUUUUUUAACAUUGUUGUUUCUCUCCAUAGAUUUUUGGAGUUCUUAACAACAUGGCAGACCUUGACAACAAAGAACAGUCUGAACUUGAUCAAGAUUUGGAUGAUGUUGAAGAAAUAGAAGAAGAAGAAACUGGUGAAGAAACAAAAAUUAAAGCACGUCAGCUUACUGUUCAGAUGAUGCAAAAUCCUCAGAUUCUUGCAGCCCUCCAAGAAAGACUUGAUGGUCUGGUAGAAACACCAACAGGAUACAUUGAAAGCUUGCCUAAGGUAGUUAAAAGACGAGUGAAUGCUCUCAAAAACCUUCAAGUUAAAUGUGCACAGAUAGAAGCCAAGUUCUAUGAGGAAGUUCAUGAUCUUGAAAGAAAGUAUGCUGUUCUCUAUCAACCUUUAUUUGAUAAGCGAUUUGAGAUCAUUAAUGCAAUUUAUGAACCUACGGAAGAAGAAUGUGAAUGGAAACCAGAUGAGGAAGAUGACAUUUCGGAGGAGCUGAAAGAAAAGGUCAAAAUUGAAGAUGAGAAAAAGGAUGAAGAAAAACAAGACCCCAAGGGAAUUCCUGAAUUUUGGUUGACUGUUUUUAAGAAUGUUGACUUGCUCAGUGAUAUGGUUCAGGAACAUGAUGAACCUAUUCUGAAGCACUUGAAAGAUAUUAAAGUGAAGUUCUCAGAUGCUGGCCAGCCUAUGAGUUUUGUUUUAGAAUUUCACUUUGAACCCAAUGAAUAUUUCACAAAUGAAGUGUUGACAAAGACAUACAGAAUGAGGUCAGAACCAGAUGAUUCUGAUCCCUUUUCUUUUGAUGGACCAGAAAUUAUGGGUUGUACAGGGUGCCAGAUAGAUUGGAAAAAAGGGAAGAAUGUCACUUUGAAAACCAUUAAAAAGAAGCAGAAACACAAGGGACGUGGGACAGUUCGUACUGUGACCAAAACAGUUUCUAAUGACUCGUUCUUUAAUUUUUUUGCCCCUCCUGAAGUUCCUGAGAGUGGAGAUCUGGAUGAUGACGCUGAAGCUAUCCUUGCUGCAGACUUUGAAAUUGGUCACUUUUUACGUGAGCGUAUAAUCCCAAGAUCAGUGUUGUACUUUACUGGAGAAGCCAUUGAAGAUGAUGAUGAUGAUUAUGAUGAAGAAGGUGAAGAAGCGGAUGAGGAAGGGGAAGAAGAAGAUGAGGAAAAUGAUCCAGACUAUGACUCAAAGAAGGAUCAAAACCCAGCAGAGUGCAAGCAGCAGUGAAGCAGGAUGUAUGGCCUUGAGGAUAACCUGCACUGUAAUAGCCUAAAUACAACUAUUAUUUACAGACUUAUGUUUUUGUAUUUUCUUGGUAGACUCAAUAAUUUUUUUAAAGGGAAGGAAUUGAUAUUUUAAAGACAAUUUUGUUCUACCUAGCAUUUUAAAUUGAGUUUUUCUGCCAGAUAUGUUGAAUGCAGAAAUUCUCUCACACAUUUUCAUUCAUUGCUACAUAGUUUGGUUCUUCUGGGGUAUUUUUAUCAUGUAACUGUUAGAUACAGCUAUGAAAAUAAACAAACUAUUAAAUGAAACAGAUUUUUUUGUUUUCCUAAUUUUUUUCCUGAAGAACCAAAGUAUUUUUUCAGCUGGUAGUUAAGUGGAUUUAAGUUUUGUCUUUCAUUACUUUGUUAUAGAGAUGCAGUGCCUAUACUGAAACAAUUCAUUUUAAAAACAAACUGGUCAAGACAAUCUGUGGUUAAGAAUUUCCAGUAAGACCACAUCUAUUAACUUUGAUUGUUUAAUGGAUUUUUAAUAUUUUAGGUGACAUAAUUAACUAUAAAGAACCCUAACUCAAUUGUAUGGUUAUUGGUUAGUUACCAUAGGGAGACAAAUGAAACCUAGUAUUUUCAGACAUUAAGCUUUACUAUUUUAACUGUACUUUUAAAUUUAACCUCCAUUAACUAAACAUCUCUUCUUUGUGGUAGGGUCUACCUUCUGCUUCCCUGGAAAGGAUGAAUUUUCAUCAUUUGACAAGUUCAUUUCAAGUUUUUUGUUGUUUCUUUGUUUGCUUGUUUGUAGCCUAAAAUAAAAAUGUCAAAUAUAAUUUUAGUUCUCACAAGAUAAUGUCUUACAAUUUUGUACUAAUUCAGGCAGAAGUGAAGCCUUAGCUUGAAUUAAGUAUUGUGCCCAGUUUACUAUUAUAUUGAAAAGGGUGCCAACUCUGGACGAGGUGUACUACAUUUAAUAAGAAAGUAUAAAAAAAAGACAAAAUGGUGUAAUUUUUUUUAAAGAGUAAGUUAAUUUUAUUUCCUUUGGUUAGAAUGAGAGAAGGCCUCAAGCCUCUGAUGAAUUCCAAUUCUUACUGUUUAAAAUAUGAGUAUGUUGUUUACCCAUGCUUCUGUUUACUAUGUAUUAAAAUGGGUAGUACUGUUUACUUAACUACCUCACAUGUGUUAGACAUAUUAACUUAAAUUAUAUAUGAAAUGUUUCUCAACCUAUUGAAAGCUUAAAAAUUUGGAACUUUUUGCACCACAAGUAUGAUAUUCAGCCUUUUAGUCUACCACAGUUUGCUAAAUAAACCAGAAAACAAAAGUUAAGUAGUUUACUCUGGAUCUGGUCAGGCAGUGCUCUUUUAGUGGCUCCUUAUUUAAUAGAAGUGGAUGGAUAACCAACUAUUUCAAAGGUCCAAGGAUCGUUUUUAGGUAUUUUUGUUAUGACCAUAGAGAUCAUGGUUCUAAAAUAGAAGUAAGACCGUUUUUAAGGGGGUUGGGGGAAUCCCAUUAAAUUUGAUACUGUAGAGCCACAUUUAAAAUACCUCAGGCUAAUUACUGUUGAUUUUUUCUGGUGAACUUAAAGUUUUGGCAGUGAGGGUGGACUAAUUAGAUUGUAAUUGGAAAACAGCUUAGAGUUUCUGCUUGUAAUAAAAUAACAUUAGGUUCAUUUUUAGAAAUGAUAGAGCUUCCAUUUUGAAAAUUUAGUAUUAUGGUCUUAGAAUGUGAAUGAAUACAUUUUGUUAUUUGUAUAGUACUAUCUUUUUCACUCCUGAGAUUUUAAUUAACUGCUGGAAAUCCUUAACCAAUUGCAAUAGUUUAUGGGGGGGGAGGGGGGGCCAUGAAAACACCUGAUGUUUUUCCUCUUCAUUUUCAAAAUGAUUUUGGUUGCUUUGAUUAGACCUUCUGUGCUAAUGUUUUUUUGUACCUAUAGCUCAUUUGAACACAUCUGAACUUUAAAAAUGUUAACCUAAAGAUAGGUUCUCAUUUUUAUAUGAACUUUUAAGUAGCAAAACCACUAUAUUCUUUUUUUUCAUUAGGAAAUAGCUAUUGCCAAAGUGAGGGAGAAGAUACUAUUUCAUCUUGUUAUAUAAGGGCAAUGUGAUUUGCAGAGGAAUUGCUCUCUAUUAAUAAAGUUGGGGUUUCAAGGGAUAUCAGUGUUCAUCUCUGCCAUCUUUCCAGUUCCAAAAGGUUCUAUUCCAUUCAAGAAAUUUGAGAUAUGUAAUUGGAAGACCUUAAUAAAAUUUGCAUUUAAUUUUAUAAAA